AUGAUAUCGGCUGUCUUCAUCAGUAACUGUCAUGGAAGCCUGCUGUUCUACAGAGCCUUCCGGGGCGGAAGCAGCCGGCAGGACGCUGUCAUGUACGCCAAGAACAUGAUCCAGAGGAGCUUGAAGCCUUACCGGCCAAUUCAGCAGUUUGGAUUCGCCACGUAUGUCAGAGUCAAGCUCGAUGCGCUGCACCUGGUGGCGUCGUGCGAUGGCGACGUCAACGCCGCCCUCGUCAUGCAGUGCCUCGUCGACAUACGCGACUCCAUCGUCACGCUGUUGGAAGCGAAGGUCACCGCGGCGGAGAUCACCAGGUACGCGACCACCCUCCAGGAGAUGGUGGACCUCGCGAUCGACGGAGGCUUCCCGCAGGACUUCUACAUGCACUACCUCGGGUCGUGGACGGUCAAGGACAUGACGACCAACCUGUUCAAGAAGAACCAGCCGAAAAUCAGCCACUACCUGGAGGGCUACGGUGUGGACUACGGCAAGUACAUGAAGGCGCAGAAGAUGGUCUUCCACUCGGAGAAGGACCUCGUGGCAACGUCCGACCCGGAGAUGCAAAUGCAGAACAUCACCGUGCCCUGGCGGGUUGCGUCGUCCACGACGCGCAAAAACGAAAUAACGCUGUUCAUAUCGGAGUGCAUCAACUGCUGCUACUCGCACGUCGGCGAGUUGUUGCUGAGCGAGGUCACCGGGAGCAUCACCAUGGACUGCUCAAUGCCGGGGACGCCAAAGGUUGCUAUCACGCUGAACACGGAUUUCGCGAACUCGCACGAGCGAAUCACGUACGCGAGUGUGGAAAACAAGAACGAGUCCCAUUUCCCCCUCCCCUCCGGAGCCAAGGUGGCGACCACCAUGCAAGACUUCAAGGUGCACAAAACGGUAGACAUACUCCGGAUGCUGAGAAGCAAGCAGAUAACGGCGGUGCCGCCGCAGGGGAUGACGGCGCUCAUGCUGUACAGGUGUGACGUUAGCGGGGAACUGCCGUUCCACUUGAAGCCGGUGAUCACCAGGGCCACCAGGUAUCUGCUGUAUUACCACAUCACCAUACGUACCAAGUUCCCCAAGACUGUCACUGCAAACAACGUCUUUCUCAAGAUACCGCUGCCCGCCACUACCUCGAAUGUAGAGAUCAUCAACCACUUCGGCCACUGCCAGUUCAACCUCGCGGGGAGCUCGAUGCACUGGCACCUCGUCAAAACCGGCGGCGGCAUGAAGUACACACUGGAGUUCCAGUGCAAGCUGGCCAGGUCUGUGAGCGAACAGGACCCUGCCAUCGGGCCGAUCGAGGUGGAAUUCGUGCUGCCGAACUUCUCCUUCAGCGGCCUGUUCGUGCGCGACAUCGAGGUGACCAACACCGCCCACAAGGCGCACAAAGCUGUGCAAUACAACUCCUCUAACGGGAGUUACCAGCACAAGCUGAAAUUUCCCAAGUAA